AUGGGCCUUUUUACAUUUCUUUAUCAAAAGACUUUUGUGCCUCAAGUGGGAGAAGCAGAAGCAGCAGCAAGAAGAACUGCGCAGCAGCAGCAGCACCAGCUGCAGCAGCUGCUGCAGCGCUCCAGGCGCCGCGCCCGCAGCCCGCGGGCCCGCGCCGCCAGCCCCGAGCCCGGCAGCAGCAGCGGCGAAGACGCAGCAGCAGCAGCAGCAGCAGCAGCAGCCGGCGACGAAGAGCCAGCUAGCUACUGCGCAACGGACGACGCUGCAGCUAGCUGCGCCGACAGCCAGCUAGCUACCAUUGAAGACCCUGCUGUCAGCAAACUCCUUGCUGCAGCACAAGAUUUGUCGCUGCAGCAGCUUGCUGCGCUGCAGCAGGCCCUCGAAGCCGUCGCUGCAGCAAAAGCAGCAGAACCGGAGGGCGGAUGA